UUCCACAGGAGAGAGAGAGAGAGAGAGAGAGAAUGUGCACAGAGAUCGCCAAGCGACGAUCAAGAUCAGCCGCUCUCACUCUCAAGCCAGCUCGUAAGACCCGAACCAAGACCAGGAAGCCCAAGUUCCUCAGCCUCCGCCUCCAGUUCUCGCCGGAAACAGGCCCUCCAUCUUGCCGAAUGACCACCGCCAUCACAGCCGACCACCGCCACCAGCAGCUGAACCUCUUUCCCCUACACCCGGAACACCAACUGGUCUACGACAAGGACACCCAGGACGAGAACGUGGCCUACUUCUUCGACUCGGCGGACGGCGGCGCAACCACUCUGACCACCCUGCUCGGCCCGGGAUCCUCCACGGAGGAGGAGGAGAACGUCCGGUCGCCGUCGCUAACGUACCCCUGCGGCGGGAAGGACAGCGAUGACGUGGCGCUGGUACGGACGGCGAUGAGGAGCAAGGAAAGAGACGCCAGCGAAGACAAGUGGGUGAGUUACUCGGAAGUCACCAGCUGCACGGCCGACCCACGGCAUAAAGAACCAUCGCCGGGAACGCAGCAAGGGUUGUCGUUGAAGCUGGAUUAUCGGGAGAUCAUGAACGCUUGGUCCGACAAGGGCCCGCUCUACAUCCCGCCGGAGUGCCCUCAAACCGUCCCUGACCUCCUCGAUGACUUGUUCGCUGGCGACCCUUAUUCUAAUUGGAAGAAAGAUUGUUGGGCGGUUCCAGAGAGGAGCAGUCUGAGCAGCAGCGGCGAUGUGCCGGUGAGAGUGAAAGAGGAGGCCGGAGAAGAGGGGAAGGCGGCGGGGAAGAGAGAGGCGAGGGUGCAGAGGUACAAGGAGAAGAGGCAGAGCAGGCUCUUCUCCAAACGGAUCCGCUACGAAGUUCGCAAGAUCAACGCCGAGAAUCGUCCCCGCAUCAAGGGUCGAUUCGUGAAGAGAUGCUGAAAGCGUACGUACGAACAGGCUUCUUCUUCUUCUUCUUCUUCUUCUUCCUCUUCUUCUUCUUCGCUGCGUGGUUUGGCUGUGGCUUUGACUCUGUAAACUGAUCCAAUGCACCCGAUCGAAAGCCAAAACAAAUCCAAAAAAUAUGUACAUGCAGAUGCUGUGAAUUUGUGCAGAAUAAUCCGCAAGAUUAAUAACCGUUAAAUCAGAUAAGUGUUGAGCUUUUGUGUAUUAA